AGCAUAGCGAUUAGCGCUUCACUCGGCGAGCAGCGAGUUGUGUGGAUCCAAUGAAAUCACGCCGCGUUCCGGGCCCAAUGUGUUAGAACAAGCCGGUGAUUGCAAGAGCAAAAUCAAGCAAGCGAGGUGGUGUGCUCACAGAGCAUUGCUGGUUAAUGCGAUCUUCCUGCCUUCUGUAAGACGUUAGAUACUAAGGAUCAACACAGAAAAGUUUUGGUUCAUAAUUAGGGCAGGAUAAGCGUUUCUAAAUAUUGUUGUCGAGGUGUCAAGAGGGAUUUCCCAGUCAACAAGAGCCAAUAUAAAACUUGAUCUGACUGAAGGUCACAAUGAGGGAAAGGCUGUCAUUAUGGGCUGUGUUUUGCCUAAUAGUAGCAUUCCUGCCUUCUCAUACAGAAUCAGUUGCUGUGAUGUCUGUGGACUUGGGCAGUGAAUGGAUGAAAAUCGCUAUAGUGAAACCUGGUGUGCCAAUGGAGAUUGCAUUAAACAAGGAGUCCCGGCGGAAAACUCCAGUCGCAGUGUGCUUAAAGGAAAACGAGAGGCUUUUUGGAGACGGCGCUUUAGGAGUGGCUGUGAAGAACCCCAAGGUGGUUUACAGAUUCCUCCAGAGCAUUUUGGGAAAGACAGCAGACAAUCCACAGGUGGCACAGUAUCAGAAACACUUCCCUGAACACCAGCUGCAGAGAGAUGAGAAACGAGGAACAGUGUUUUUCAAAUUCUCAGAAGAGAUGCAGUAUACUCCAGAGGAACUUCUGGGCAUGAUAUUGAACUACUCUCGUGUUCUGGCUCAAGACUUUGCAGAGCAACCCAUAAAAGAUGCUGUGAUCACAGUGCCAGCCUAUUUUAAUCAGGCAGAACGCAGGGCAGUCUUGCAGGCUGCCCAUAUAGCAGGUCUAAAGGUCCUUCAGCUUAUCAAUGAUAAUACUGCUGUGGCUUUGAACUAUGGAGUCUUUAGGAGGAAGGACAUCAACUCUACUGCACAGAACAUCAUGUUUUAUGAUAUGGGAUCAGGCAGCACAACAGCCACGAUUGUUAUGUAUCAGACGGUGAAGACCAAGGAAUCUGGCACUCAUCCGCAGCUUCAGAUCCGUGGAGUUGGGUUUGAUAGAACACUUGGUGGCUUUGAGAUGGAGCUGAGGCUCAGAGAUCAUCUUGCUAAGCUAUUUAACGAACAGAAGAAAUCAAAGAAAGACGUGAAGGAGAAUCUGCGCGCCAUGGCUAAACUCCUUAAAGAGGCUCAGAGACUCAAGACUGUGCUGAGUGCCAAUGCUGAACAUAUGGCACAGAUUGAGGGUCUGAUGGAUGACAUAGACUUCAAGGCAAAAGUGACUCGCUCUGAGUUUGAGGCCCUCUGCGAGGAUCUGUUUGACAGAGUACCAGGACCUGUAAAAGAAGCUUUAGCUGCUGCUGAAAUGAAUAUGGAUGAGAUUGACCAGGUUAUUUUGGUUGGAGGAUCCACCAGGGUGCCCAAAGUGCAGGAUGUGCUUCUUAAAGCUGUGGGAAAAGAGGAACUGAGCAAGAACAUCAAUGCAGAUGAAGCUGCAGCAAUGGGCGCCGUCUAUCAGGCCGCUGCGCUCAGCAAAGCCUUUAAAGUCAAACCUUUCUUGGUCAGGGAUGCAGCUGUGUUUCCCAUACAGGUUGAGUUCAGUCGUGAGACAGAGGAAGAGGAUGGCGUGAAGACCAUGAAACACAACAAGCGCAUCCUGUUUCAAAGAAUGGCCCCGUAUCCCCAGAGAAAGGUUAUCACCUUUAAUCGUUACACGGAUGACUUUGUCUUCUACAUCAAUUAUGGAGACCUCAGCUUCCUCAGUGAACAGGACCUGAAAGUGUUUGGAUCUCAGAAUCUGACGACGGUGAAACUGUCUGGAGUGGGCAGCAGCUUUAUGAAACAUUCAGAUGCUGAAUCCAAGGGCAUCAAGGCCCAUUUCAACAUGGAUGAAAGCGUGCUAAUUCUUGACCGGGUGGAGUCAGUAUUUGAGACUAUUGUGGAGGAGAAAGAGGAGGAGUCCACGCUUACCAAGCUUGGAAACACCAUUUCCAGCUUGUUUGGUGGUGGCAGCUCAGAGCCAACUGCAAAUAUGACUGAACCGGUUACGGAUGAAGAAGAAGUGACUCCAGAGGCUGGGAAAGAUCAGGAACAGUCAGAGAAACGAGAGUCUGCUCAGGAGAAACCUGAGACGGAGGAGGAAGAGGAAAAAGAGGGAGAGCCUCAGGCGGAGGAGCAGAAAGACAACACAGAGGAUAAAGCGGAAACUCAGGGAGAGACGGAUGCCGAGAAAGCCGAAAAGCCUGAAGAGAAAUCAGACGGUGAGAAAGCAGAAGAGAAAGAGGCAGACAAGAAACCCAAACCACAGAAAAAGAGCAAAAUAUCAGAAGAUAUCACGGUGGAGCUUGAGGUGAACGAUGUUCUCGAUCCCAGCACAGAGGACAUGGAGGUGUCCAUAAAGAAGCUGCAGGACCUCACUGACCGCGAUCUGGAGAAGCAGGAGAGAGAGAAGACCCUGAACAGCCUGGAGGCUUUUAUCUUUGAGACGCAGGAUAAGCUGUAUCAGGAUGAGUAUCUGGCUGUCGUGACUGAGGAGGAGAAAGAGAAGAUCACAGGCAAGCUGAGCGAGGUUUCUAACUGGAUGGAUGAGGAGGGGUACGCCGCUGGCACUAAGCAGCUGAAGGAAAAGCUGUCGGAACUGAAAAAGCUUUGUAGAGCCAUGUUCUUCAGAGUGGAGGAGAGGAAGAAAUGGCCCGACAGACUGGCAGCUCUCAACAGCAUGCUUAACCACUCCACAAUCUUCCUCAAGAGUGCUAGACUGAUUCCUGAGAGUGACCAGAUCUUCACAGAGGUUGAACUGAAGACUCUAGAGAGGGUCAUCAAUGAGACAAUGACUUGGAAGAAUGAGACCGUUGCUGAACAGGACAAAUUGUCCCCAACAGAGAAACCUGUUCUGCUCUCUAAGGACAUUGAAGCUAAGCUUUCCCUCUUGGACAGGGAGGUCAACUACCUGCUGAACAAAGCAAAGUUUGCCAAACCAAAGCCUAAAGAUAAGGCUAAAGACAAGAACACCACCUCCACAGAGAACAGCAACGCUAACAGCACAGAAGAUGCAGAGAAGGUCAUUCCUCCCAAGAGCGAUGAUGCUGAAGAGGUGAAGCCGGCAGAGGAGCCUCCAGCUGCUGAAAAAAAAGAUGAAGAAGAACCCAUACUUGAACUAAAUCCAGCAGAAAAUACAGAUACAGAAUCGGAGAGCAGUAAAUCAGAAAACCAUAUAGGGGAUGAAUUAUAACAUCUGGAAUUCUUAAAGGUUUAUUUGUUAUAUUUAUUGACUCCAAAAAAAAAAAAAAAAAACAACAAUUCCAGGCCCCCAGCAAAUUGGAACAGCUUGAUAAUGACGGUGUAUAUUUCAGUAGUUCUAGCUCAGCGACCCUGAGCCAAAAGAAAGUACCAAUCCCAUCUCAAAGCUGUGCACUCCUUCCAUUUUAUGUUUAAUUGCACUGCACUUCUUAAUCCAUGAAUUAAUGAUCUUCUCCCCCCCCCCUCAGAAACAUGACCCCUGUUUGUUUGAGUCCCAAGGAAAUCAAAAAUGGCAUGCUUGACCAAAGUAAACACACUGUCCUUUGUGUAAAUGCAGAUUAUCUUGAAAUGGUCUUAUAUGUCAUGUCCUUUGACUCGAGACACCUUUGCUUUGCGUCCAGAAAUGUAUAUUGAGGAAAUGUGAAGUUCCUGCUGAAUUGUUGCUUAGCAGUUUGUCACAUCUUGUCAGAGUCUUCAGUUUAUUUUUGUUGGUUCAACCUUUUUCCAUUCCCAAAACAGCCGUUUGUACCUGUGAGCAUCUUCUAUGCCAAACAUCUCAUGUAUUUAUGGACUUCAGUAUGAUUAGUAUGCUGCACUGACAUCAAAGAAAUUUCACUCAACUGAAAAGUGGAUUAUAUAUAUUUUUUUUUUUUUUUUUUUUUGCUUUCACGUCUUCACUGGUUUUGUCUUUUACAUGUUUUCAUGUGCAAGUCUGUGUGGAGAGAAAAAUGUGGAAAAGGGAGAAAAUUGUUUCUAAACUGUUA